UUGUCGAAAGCUUGGGGUUUAUUUUACAAACCCAUAAAAAUAUAUAAGAGACACAAAUCCACCGACUUUGCCCUAAGCAUGCAUAAAUCCGCCGUUGGCCUUGGUGAUUGACAUCAGAGUAAUCUUUUUUCUUUAUUGACAAAUCUGAGGAGAAGAGAAUAAUGGAUCACAGAGAUCUGAGGUAUCGUCAAGCGGUAAUCUGCUCUUGUUGCGGCGUGCGAGUGAUCGGAUUUGUAGUGGAUGAUGAAUCUGAUACUAUUCGAAGAACAACACCAAACUUAACGCUUCAAAUAUCUGAAAGCGAGCACGACUGGGCUGAUGAUCGGUUGGCAAGAGAAAGGGCAAGAGAGGAUCGCGCCUGGCACAAUGAUCUGUUGGCAAGUGGUGCCAAGUGUCCAUUCCCCAGCCAGAACAUAAGUACUCAUUGUUAUGGUCACAGCACUUUAGAGGUUCAACAUUUGGCAGGGGUAAUUGCAACUCUGGAACCACCAGUGGACAAAAGCAUCAAAACACUUGUCGUGUGUGGAUUUAACUCGAGAAUCCUCGAGCAGACCAUACUAGACAAAUUUUCUGCUUAUGGAGUGAUCAAAUCUAUCAGAUUCUUUGCCAGGGAAGGUCGUGCGUUAGUCACAUACACAGACCGAGAAGGAGCAGAGAAGGCCACUCAAGGCCUCUCCAAGUGGCUACUCAUCAAUGGUCAGAGGCUAAAACUUGCAUGGGGAAGGCCUCAGGACCACGAAACUGAUCAAGAUAGUUUGAACCAACAGGGCACUGUGGCUGAUAGUGGUUUACUAUCACAGCAGCAGAAUCGACCCUCAGCUAUGGACCUUGGCGCAGUCACUUCAACCCAAGAGGUUGGUGGUUCAAGCACCAGUGAGCCCAACGAAGCUUCUUCGUCCAAUAUUCCAAUCAUCUGCGAAUAUUGCCGAGUGGUAGAAAGGGACCGCGCCUGGUGGACAAGAGAAAUGGAGCACGCCUGCAACGAAGCUUCUUCUUCUUCUUCUUCUUACGAGAGGCCUCCACAGCUGCCACUACCAUCCGAAGAUGAGUAUCGGACUAGUCUUAGAAGAAGCAAGAUUUAAUAACUUCGAUCUUAUGAAUCAUAACCAUAUUUUCUAAUUAUUUUCUCGUUAAUUAGACUAUAAUGGUGUUGGUGUUUUUUUUACGACUGUAGUAACAAAUCUUAAUUAUGCAGAAGGAUGGAAUUAAGAAGCUAGUUUUAGUGUUUUAGAUU